UGUGAGCCUCAGACCGGCAGAUUAGCUCAGCGCAGCCAGCAUUGAGGACACAGUGAACGGAGCUCCGGCUCAGAAUACUAUCCGGUUCUCUUUAAGCGUUCUUAUUUCAAAGCUCGGGAUUUAAGCGACUCGCUUCCGUCGUAGCUGUGUGCUUUUUAUCCAGCCCUAGAGGAAUGCCAAGAGAGCUCACCCAGAACAGGAUCCAAAAGAUCUGGGUUCCCACCAAGGAUGACAAGCGAAGAGGCACCGGAGCCCCACACUUCGCCAACCCCCCAACCGUCAUCGUGAUGGUGGGACUGCCCGCUCGAGGAAAGACGUACAUUUCCAAGAAACUGACCCGCUACCUCAAUUGGAUCGGCAUACCCACCAAAGUCUUCAACGUCGGGGAGUACCGCAGGGAGGCCGUCAAAAAUUACAGCUCCUAUGACUUCUUCAAGCCUGACAACGAGUCUGCCGUGAAAAUCAGGCAGCAAUGUGCCUUAGCAGCUUUGAGAGAUGUCAAGUCCUACCUGAAGGAUGAGGGGGGCCAAGUGGCGGUGUUUGACGCCACGAACACGACAAGAGAUAGACGGGAUCUGAUCCUAAAGUUUGGCAGCGAGAACGACUUUAAGAUCUUCUUUAUUGAGUCUGUCUGUGAGGAUCAAAGUGUGAUUGCGUCAAACAUAAUGGAAGUGAAGGUGUCCUGUCCGGACUACAAGGACUGUAACAAAACCGAAGCCAUGAUGGACUUCCAGAAACGGAUCGAAUGUUACAGAACCAGCUACCAGCCUCUGGAUCCGGACCAGUACGACAGGGAUCACUCCUUCAUCAAGGUGAUCGACGUGGGCCGCCGUUUUCUCGUCAACCGCAUCCAAGAUCACAUUCAGAGCAAAAUUGUCUACUACCUGAUGAACAUCCAUGUCCAGCCGCGCACCAUCUACCUGUGUCGACACGGAGAGAGCAAAGACAACCUACAGGGCCGACUGGGAGGCGACUCGGGCCUGUCGCAGCGGGGCCGACAGUUUUCAGCUGCUUUGGCUCGGUUCGUUGAUGAGCAGCAGCUGAAGGACCUGAAGGUGUGGACCAGCCAGCUGUGCCGCAGCAUCCAGACCGCCGAGCACCUAGGGGUCCCAUACGAGCAAUGGAAGGCGCUCAACGAGAUCGACGCUGGUUUGUGUGAGGAUAUGACGUAUGAUGAAGUGAAGGAAAAAUUCCCUGAAGAGUUUGCACUGAGAGAUGAAGACAAGUACUACUACCGCUACCCAGCCGGAGAGUCAUACCAGGACCUGGUGCAGCGGGUGGAGCCGGUCAUCAUGGAGCUGGAGAGGCAGGAGAACGUGCUGGUGGUCUGCCAUCAGGCUGUGAUGCGAUGUCUGCUUGCUUACUUCCUUGAUAAGAGUGCAGAUGAGAUGCCGUACCUGAAGUGUCCCCUCCACACGGUCCUGAAGUUGACCCCGGUGGCCUACGGCUGUAAGGUGGAGUCCAUCUCCCUGAAUGUGGAGGCGGUGAACACGCACAGAGACAGACCUGAGGAAGUGAAGCGUGGUCCCGGCACCCUGAUCAGGAGGAACAGCGUGACCCCCCUGACCAGCCCGGAGUCCCACAUCAAGAAGCCUCGCAUCGACGACCUGGACGAGGCCCCCAUCCAGGAGCUGCCCGGCUCCGUAGAGUCGCUGGCCCUCUGCACCUCCACUCACAUUCCCCUGGCUCUGGCCGGACAGCACUGGCUGGGCAAAGUUUGCCUACGCACCAUCCUCCACUACCUAAAGGUGGUUUUCCAUCUUAGCUUUCAAAGAACCUGAGAAGCUCCUCUGUCUGCCAUGACAUCCUGCUGCCCUGCUAGUGGACGGCGUGGGCGAGUCACAGCAACACAAUCUGCUACAUCUUUAUCACUUCAAAUGGGAUUUCUUUUAUUUUUUUUCACGAGAAUUUUGGAAAAAUGGAGUUUCCUGUUGGCUCACCUGUUCGGAUAUCGGUUCAUUUCAGACCAAAGACUAAAAUCACUAACGGGAGGUUUUAAUAUUAUCCCCCACCCUU